CAAAGGAUUAUGGGACUUUUAGUUCUCAGUAGAGGACGGUUGGCUUGAUAACACCGCGAAGAACAAAACAAGACCUCUAUCAACGAAAUUAAAACACCAGCCUCGAAUUCAGCAUCAGUGCGGGCUCCUUAUGCGUCGAGUCCGGAUCAUUUCAGGUGGAUUAAAUCGUCGCAUGAAGAAAAGCGGCUCACUUUUGGUGAAAAAUAAACAGGAAGUUGUUAGCGUUGUGGGACGUGUAGUUCCGCUUGUAGGCCACUGAGCUUGAUAACAACGCAUAGAAUAAAGAAACAACAAUAAAAUAAGCUAAACUUCACCAGAAGACCGUGCUUUUAGCCUCGGUGUGUCGGUAAUCAUGCCCGGGUUCACCUGCUGUGUGCCUGGCUGCUACAACAACUCGCACCGGGACAAGGACCUGCGCUUCUACACAUUUCCUAAAGACAGCACGCUGAGGGAGAUCUGGCUGAGGAACAUCUCUCGGGCCGGGGUCAGCGGCUGCUUCAGCACCUUCCAGCCCACCACAGGACACCGAGUCUGCAGCGUGCAUUUCGCCGGCGGUAGGAAGACAUAUACCAUCCGGGUGCCGUCCCUCUUCCCUCUGCGGGGGGUCAAUGAGCGCAGGAGCCGGCGGGGCAGAGGCAGGAAAGUGUCCGCGGCGGUUCCUGCCCCCGCCGCUGCAGCGACCUCUGGGAUCGUCCUCGCCAGCGUACUGGACAGCACUGCAGAAGGAGCCGAGGGCAAUGCUGGCGGCGAGGCGAGCGAUGACAGCAUCACCGUGGUUCAGAUAGGCCAAAACGGGGAGUACCUGGGCACGGCGCGGCUGCCCGCCCAGUCAGAGGGGACUUGUUACACGGCGCCGAUCGGCAGCGCGGAAGACCUGAACGCCGACGACUCAUCGGUCGAAACCGCGUCCACCGUGCACCAGCCGUCCGUGCAGUACGUCAGUGUGACCAGCAGCCCGCUGGACCACUCGUACUCGCUGACCACCGGCACCACGUCCGCCGAGCUGCUGCGGAAACUGAACGAGCAGCGGGACAUCAUCGCACUGAUGGAGGUGAAGAUGAAGGAGAUGAAGUCGACCAUCCGCCAGCUGCGGGUGGCCGAGGCCAAGCUGCAGGAGGAGGUGCGGGAGCGCGACCGGCUGCUGUACGGAAACGCGGUGAAUUUUAACGUCCGGAAGAAGGUGUGAUGGGUUGGCAUCACCGGAGACGACCCGUUACAGAGACUCAUACUAACGGAGAUGACACCGGGGUGGGGAGUGGUUGGAAGACAGCAGAUCAGCCCUGUUUUGUAUAAAACUACGAGCGAUGACAAUUUAUUUUCAACAAGUAGAGCUGAGUUUUCGUAGGCCUGAAGUUAAAAAGAAGUUGACUGGCUAGUUAAUGUAGCUCAUAUUAAUAACACAAUUGCUGAUUACAUAGAAACAUGCUUAAUCCAUUACUGACCUGCAGCCCAACCAAGGUCAACAAUAGGCCUACACAUUUGAAUUAAUUAAUUCACCAGAGACUCAUAGUUUGCACAGACUUACAAGUUAGACAGACUUACACAUUAAUAACUGGACUCAUGAGGAAGAUGCUCAGAACUGCCUAGUUGCAUAGAAGGUUUUUCUCCUUAAGAUGUAUCUUUCAAUGUUUUUUUUUCUAAGAGUUUAAAUGAGCAGAAACAUCUCACAUUAGAUCUACAGAGGUAAAGUAUGCCAAAAUGAAGUAUCUACAGGAUAUUUUUUACACAAAACACUAUUCUUGGCACACUUGUCUUAGUCAGUAAAAUACAACUCUAACAUGACUUUAUAUGAGUUGCCUUUAAAGGUACCUUAAAGGUGGAGUCAGCGAUUUUGGAGAAUUUUUUUUUUUUUAACUCAACACCCAUAGAAAUACACCCCUCCAGUCAGUGCUCCUUCAGAAGCUGUUUUACUGGGUUCACUUCAUUUCAGUGUGCCGGUGCACCACUUGACACGUCAUGGUGAGAGCCGGUAAAGCUGAUAAAUGGAGCGUAAUCUGUCAGCCAGUGGCAGCAAGCAUGCCAUGGUCAACUGACAAGACAUACAUUAAUGGUAGCCUACAGAGCAAAACCCAUGGUAGCUUUUCAAGUUGACAAAUGAUUGUUUGCAUGGACAGUGAUGUUCACCAUGUGGUUUCCCGUACGCCUGAAUGACAUAUCAGUUCUCUGUAUUAUCAGUCUCACUGUUGGGGCGUGUGGGCGUUGUGACGCAUAGGCCGCUCUCACCACUGAAAUUUAGCAGGGCUCUGUGCACCACAGGCAUACACUGCAGUGCUAAUAGUGUGGACCCACUGUCCCUCUCACUCCCACUGCCUUUCUCUUGAUACAUCCAUGGCCUUUACCCUGUCCCGUCCACAAGCACAAACGCCCACUGUUGCUAAUUGGCUAGUGUUGUGUGGCUCGGUCUGAGCUGCUUUUGUUUCCCUUUACAUAGCCAAAGCAUCAGGAAUACCAGAUAUUUUUUUUCAGCACACACACUGAACGGACAGCUAGUGGAAUGUAAGGAGAUAUUCGCUGACUUGGAUAAGAAUCUCUGACUGCACCUUUAAAUUGUUUCCCUUCUCAUCUUGUUGCCAAAGACAUGAGCAACAGAAAACUGACUUAAAGGGAUUCCUUAAAUCACAAAGGGGCACUCAAAAAAUCUUAAAUGAUGUUUCUUGAAAACAUGCGUUGAGUUACAUUUGCUCAGCUUUUUUGUUUGUUUGUUUUGAAAAUCUUAAGAGAAGUACAAAGAAAAAAAUUUUGUCAAGAUACUUUAUGCAACCUGUACAUGUAUGUCUGCCCUCGAGGUUCUUCUGUGAAACAGCACCUGCUCGUUUCAUUGUGAUUCAUGUGUGUGAUGUUCCUCCACACAUAAGUUUAGUGGCUGCAUUUUUCUGUCCUGUUCAUGAGUGUUUUAUGCACAGGAUGUUACAUACAUUUCUGAUUUUUGAGUUGGUCUGACAGCUAUGCUCUACUCUCAUUUUGAAGUAAAUUUCAUUUUGAAACA